AAAAUCCGACGAAGCCGCAGUAUCAUUUCCACUAGUGGCGUAGUGGGGUCCGGCUCGUCUGUUGGUUUCCUCGGUUCUGCCGCUUUCCCUGUCGCGUCCUUUCGCUCGGUGGUUGUUUCGUUCCAGCGACCAGAACAACAGAGGACCGAUCCGGUGGAUACGCGCGGCUCCCAGUGCACCGAGGAGCAUCGGCAUUCGCCGAUCUCCUUUCGAUUCCCCUCCGAAUCGAGGAUCCUCCGAUCGCGAUCGUGGCCCGAUGAUCCACCGCGGCUCGCGGUGUGUUUACCAGUUUGGUGGAUGUUGCCACAGUGAGUCACUGUGUCCCGCGUAGUCUGAUCGUUCACCUAGUGCAUAUCACCUCGGGCUACGAAACGGCGACGACGACAACGACUGCUAGGCGAAUCGGCGGGGGCGAGAAAGAGAGGGAGAAUGAGACGAGGGACAGAAGCAGAGGCCGAAGCUGCCAGCCGCGAAUUGGGUUACGUCCCGUUCGCCUGGCGACGAUAUAUGACGCAACGGCCACCCUUCGCGAGUACCAGUGGUCCUCGUAAUCUUUGCGUGUCGCUAUAACUGCGACAGGACACUCUGUUGUCGCGUCGCUCCGGACACACGCGAAAAUAAUAAUACGCUCGAGGUGUGCUCUCUCCAUCCAUGCGAUCGUCUAUCCCCGCCCCGUCGCGUCCACUCGAUUGCGCAGCUAGUUUUGGAGGUUAGCCGAUCACGAUUGAGAAACUUGAACGAAAGCGACACCCACCGAGCGAGCCAACCGGAUCAGCUGUUCCCCAGGACGACCUUUUCGCCGCUACCCCCGCUAGCCCAAAUGCCAGUCCAGCACGCGAGCCUGACGAAAACUACCGUCUCCAGAACUGUUUGCCGCGAGCGUGAACGGAGGCAGGACGAUGUUGUCGUACAUGCUGCCCACGGACGACAAGCCGCCACCGGGAGACACGAAUCAGGCCAACCAUCGCGCUGGUAAGCUGCAGAAGAGCCCGAGAGAACGCGCUCACCUUGCCACCAAGUCGGGCAUCGUCGUUUCCCCGAGGAGUCGCGCGGACACGGUCAAAACCAUGAUCGUCCCGACCAAGAUCGAGGAGAACGUCGCCGGCGAGCAACACCACCGGCAGCCCGAGCAACACGGGCUUCCGGCGAACGAGAGCCCGAAGCACAACGGCACCGUGGUCAAGAAGUCGACGCUGCAUACCUCGAAGGUCACCAAAGACGACAGCCUGUACAGCAUCAACAGCGACGCCAGCACGGUCGGCAGCGAUCGGAAGAACAAAAUCUUCAACGGGGCGAAGCACACUAGUCUGAAAAGAGUUUCCUUCGGUUCGAGCAAGGGAUCGAUGGUAGAAACUCUGGUAUACGAGACACCUGUUCAAGAAGAACCGGAAACCAAUCGCUUUCUGGACCACAACGGACUCGUACCCUCUAUGAUCGUACCUGUACCCGAUACCGACGAAGGUAGGGAAAUGGUACGCGUGUCGUUGCUAGGACCACAACCUUCACCGACAACACCCGGCGUAUUUCAGGUGCAGCCCAUCGCGAUAUCGAGGACCCAGCCGAUCGACAUGGACGCCGUUCCAGCGGAACUCUUGACCACGCACACCGAACACACGGCCCCUGCUUACCACACGCAAAUCAGCACGGACAGCGGCUGGGACAAUCCGUUCAGACCGGACGGCGACCUUUCGAGGGAGGCUGACGAGAUAGUGGAAUUGAUAAAAGGUGGGAAACCGAUCACGCCGACCCCCGGCCAGACCGCCCCGCCGUUGCCGAGAUGCGAGGCGGGCUCAGGGAACGCGCAGACCACCCUGGACCACGACUCGAGUUCCAGCCCCCUGCUGAAGUCCUCCGCGAACUCGACGAACCUGCGCGCAAACUCGUCGCCGAAACCCGGCCAAGAGAACGGGAAUGCACACAGCACACCUAUCAAAUCCGCGACCGCGAACAACCAGCAACCCGUCAAUGAUAAGGUUGCCGCGUCGAGGGCAGCGACCGUGGAAGUGGCUAGAAUGACGGCGCAGGGACCAGGCGACGCUUCGCAGGUCGAACACGUCACCCUGAAGAAGAAGCCUAAAUGCAAAUGUUGUGUUCUGCAGUAAUAGAAGAGAAGCGAGCGAGCAAAAGCGAGCAAGGGAUGCCUGAGCUACCGGACGAUCGUUCCGCGUCGUCAGGGUCGCAACGCGGCGGUUUAUCUUCGACGACCAGUUCAGGGUUUCGCGUUGUUUCGGGUCGCCGUGGAAAACGACCAGGAUGUCCUCCCACGACAGGGAGCCGUGUGGUUCCCGCUGGAACAGGAAGACCGAGGAGGAGAGAUCACGACACGUCCAUCGGACCGCUCAUCUCUAGCAACGCGUUCUCUUUCCUGAAACGAAGCGAACUUCGAUUGAUUCUCUCGCGGAAGGGGAUGCGUCUCGUCGAUCCUCGAGGUGGCCGCCGAGGUGGAUCGAUUUCGAGCGACGGGGUUGUCAUCGUUGGAAGGAGGAGACGGAGGAUCCGGGGAACGAUCGAGAACGAACCGACGAGACCGAAGGUGGAGGAUAAAUACCUGAACGCGCGAAAAGCACCGAGCCUCUUGAUAGCCUUUCAGAGACAGUUGAGUGUCCAUAAAAGUACAUAGACUAUGAAUGGAGAGAAUAAAAAAAAAUAUAUAUAUAUAUAUAUAUAUACAUAAAACUAUAUU